GAGUGUGCCUCAUUCCAAGCGGAUUUCCACAUCCAACAUGAUUUUGAUGUUGUUAAAUACUCGCACCUUUAUCUCUCACCUCGUCGCCUGCGUCUCGUGGCCCAGUUUAGGGGCCACUUCCGCGUGACUGCCUGUUCUGGCACUUGGCGCUCAGCUCCUGACGGGCUGUGGGUGGCAAUCAGAGUCAUAUCGGUGGUCCCGGGUUUAAUAAAUCCGCUGCCGACUGCCGGGAGCUUCCCUUCAGAAUUCCUAAUUUGUAUUAGAAACGCCCUCAUCCUUGGGCUGUCCCAGGUCCAGCUCCGUAAACGGGUCUUGCUGUCUGUACCAAACUGCUAACUCAAAAUGGAUUAGGGGUGCUUUCUCACGUGUUUGUUCUGGAUGCUGAUUUAUGGGAUUCGGAAGCAGGAAUGUGACGUACAUCCCAGUGUGGCCACUCAGCUUGUGCCUGGCCCCUGUCUCCCCUGAUACCCUGGUGUCCCUGGGCUGGAAUGCAAUCCCGCUGCUUUGGAAUGGGAUCAGCGGUGUGUCCAGAUCCUGGUGCACUCCAGUUGGGGCAAUGAGGAGUGGGAGAGGAGCAGGGCUCCAUGUAAACGCUGGCUCUGUUGUCUCUGUUAUCCUUCUGGGUGAAUCUAGUCUGAUUUACAGAACUAUGGGGUCUCCCGGCCCCCUUCCUCGCGCUCUCAAAUGCCUCCGUUGGGCUGUGGAACUGGUGCCGGGGAAAGCUGACUGGAAAAGGCCCAGCUGCAUUUGGUUACUUUGGCCCCUUGGUGUUGGAGCCGUUGGGAAGGUCCGGAUGGAGGAGGAGCCGACGGCGCUGCAGGAGCAAUCCCAGGAUCAAUGCUGGGGUUAUGGGAUCGAUCACGGGAUUGGUCACGGGAUCAUGAGAUCAAUCCCAGGAUCAAUCACCAGAUCACGUGGAUCAAUCACAGGAUCGAACGCGGGAUCACGUGGACCACGGGAUCGCAGAAUCGACCGUGGGAUCAAUCACAGGAUCACGCGGGUCACAUGAUGGAUCACAAUCAAUCGCAGGAUCGGUCACGCGAUCUCAGGGUCACGGGGUCGCUGACAGGAUCCCCGCACGGCAAUUAGCGCAGCCGUUAACUGCCGGGGGCGGUGGCCCCGGCGUCCGGUUACCGCGGCAACGGCGGGCGCCGCGCCGGAAGUGACGAGACACGGAGGGACCGGAGGCGUCUGCCCAGGGAAGGACCGGAAGUACCUCACAGGUAUGGUUGGACCGCCGGGGCGAGGCCGGAUGUGACGUUACGGGAGGGCCGGAAGCGAGCGCAGAGCCCGGAAGCGCCGCGCGAUGGAGGAGGUGGAGGCGCCGCUCAGCGGGGCCGCGGGCAGCCCUGAGGCUGGGGGCGGAGGAUGGCGACGCCCGCACGGGCCUCUCCAGCGCUACUACGGGCCCGGCGCGGCGGAGGCGGCGGCAGAGGCGGCCCCGGACCCCACCGACAUCGACAGCCCCCACUUCGACCCCGAGGCGUUCCUCAACAAGGUGCGCAGUGAGUGCCCCCUGGGGCAGCUGCUGGCGCGCGAGGCCGCACUAGGACGAGAGAUCCGCGCCCUUGACAGCGACAUGCAGACACUGCUCUACGAGAACUACAACAAGUUCAUCUCUGCCACUGACACGAUCCGCAAGAUGAAGGUCGACUUCCGGCGCAUGGAGGCAGAGAUGGCUGACCUGGCUGCCAACAUGGCCGCUAUCAGCACCUCGAGCGCUCGCGUCAGUGCGGCACUCCAGGACCGGCACCGCCGUGGUGCCCAGCUUGCCGGUGUGCAGGCACUGCUGCGGAAGCUGCAGUCGCUGGUGGAGGUGCCGGGGCGGCUGCGGCACUGGGCAGCACCAGGGGGGGAGCCUGCACGGGCCCUGCGUUGCUACGCCCGUGCCCGUGCUGUGUUGCGCCACUACCGGCACCUGCCCUCCUUCCGUGCCAUCGAGGACGAGAGCCACGCCAUCAUGGCCGACCUGGCCCAGCGCCUGCGCACGCAGCUGCGGGAGGACCCAUUGGACCCCAAAGAGCUGGCGGAGUGCGUGGCGAUGCUACUGCAGCUGGAGGUGCCGCCUGCGGAGCUGUGCGAGGAGUUCCUGAGCCGUGCUGGUGUCCGCCUGGACGCCGAGCUGGCCACACUGGAGGCUGAGCUGCCCUCGGCCAACACCUCCGGCACCAAUGCCGCCACCACACCACCACCGCCCGCCUCUGACAUCCUCGACUUCGUUGACCGCGGCAGCUCAGCCUUCGUGGGCAACCUUUGCGUGCUGGCGGGCUCGUACCGCAGCCUCUUUGAGGGCCACCCCGGCGUGGGCGAGGGCCGCCUGGAAGCCUUUGCUGCUGCACUCACCGGGCGCUACUUUGCGCUGCUGGAGCGGCGCCUGGCGCUGGAGCGCGGGCUGGGUGACACGUCACUGCUGGUACGGGCACUAGACCGCUUCCACCGCCGCCUGCGUGCACUCCUCCAGCUCCUGCCAGCUGCUGGCGCCGAGGCGGCUGCUGAGCUGGUGGCCCGUGCUGCACGCGAGCGGGUCGACCGCUACCUGCGAGCGCUCCAGACCUUCUUCCUGGGCUGCCUGGGGGAUGUGCGCCAGGCGCUGGCGGCACCGCGGCCGCCUGGCAAGGAGGGGCCUGGGCUGCCUGACCUGCUGGCCACGCUGGCCUCCUCGGUGCUGGGCCAGCUCAAGGCCGUGCUGGCCUACGUGCAACUCUUCACCGCCAAGGACGUUGCCUUCGCCAGCCUGCCCUACUUCAAGGGGGAGUUCUGCGUGGCAGGAGUGCGUGAGGGGCUGGUGGUGGCCUUCGUGCGCUGGCUCUGCCGCACGGCACGGGGCUUCGCCGAGGGCCCAGCCGAGAAGGGGGCCCCCGCAGCGCCCCCAGCCCUGCUGCUGCUCCUUGCCCGCCUCUGCCUCGACUAUGAGGCCACCACUAUUGGUUACAUCCUCACACUGACUGACGAGCAGUUUCCCCCACCGGACACAGGCCCCGCGGUGACACCGGGGCUGGCGCUGUGUGCCGAGGCGCGGGGGGCGGCGCAGCGGCUGCUCGACCACUAUGUGCAGGUCCAGGGCGCCGCCGUGGCUCAGAUGCUGAGGAAGAGCGUAGAGACGCGCGACUGGCUCGGCACCGUCGAGCCCCGCAAUGUGCGUGCCGUCAUGAAGCGUGUGGUCGAGGACAUCACCGCCAUCGACCUCCAGGUGGGGCAGCUCUUCGAGGAGGGUGUGCGGCGGGCACAGAGCAGCGACUCCAGCCGCCGUGCCUUCUCCGUCUACAGCAGCUCGCGGGCACCGGGGCGCUAUGCCCCCAGCUACACCCCCAGUGCCCCCAUGGACACCCACCUGCUCAGCAACAUCCAGAAGCUCUUCUCCGAGCGCAUUGAUAUCUUCAGCCCUGUUGAGUUCAACAAGGUAUCGGUGCUGACCGGGAUCAUCAAGAUCAGCCUGAAGACGCUGCUGGAGUGCGUGCGGCUGCGGACGCUGGGCCGCUUCGGGCUGCAGCAGGUGCAGGUGGAUGGGCACUACCUGCAGCUCUACCUGUGGCGCUUCGCCGCUGAUGAGCGCAUCGUGCAGGGGCUGCUGGACGAGGUGGCCGCCAGCGCUGCCCACCGCUGCCUCGACCCCGUCCCCAUGGAGCACAGCGUCGUUGAGCUCAUCUGCGAGCGCGGGUAGGACAUGGGGACGUCUUGGGGAGAGGGACUUUUCUGAAGCCUUGGGGGCGCCCCGGUACCCCAAGUCCCCACAUGUCCUCCCUUGCAUGGUGACACACAAGGAUGUCCCCUGUCCCCACCCCAUGUGAUCACCCAGCCCUGGGAACCCCCCCACCCGAGUGCCCCCUCACCAUGUGCUGUCACCCUGUGUUUCCCUACGGCCCCAGUGACACCCCCCACCGUGGUGACAUCCUCUUCUGCUUGGGGACACCCUGGGCACAGCCUCUCAGGGACGAUAAAUAA